AUGGUGCUAGAAGCCCAAUUAUUAAUUAAGAAUAGAUCAUCGAAUAUUGUCAUUCCUCCUCCCAAUAUCAAAAAAUAUGCUGAUAAGACUGCAGAAUAUGUGGCAAAAAAUGGAGCAACAUUUGAAGAUCUUGUAAUGUAAAAAGAGCUGAGUAAUCCCAAUUUUUGUUUCUUGAGAAGAGAUGACCCUUACAGACCAUAUUAUGAAAAUAAAAUUACAGAAUUCGCUAGAGGAUUGGUGGCACCAAUUUAGGAAGAAGAAGAUUAGAAAACAAAGCCUGUGCCAAAGAAUGAACAACCUAAGAAAGUCGUAAAGGCUCCUCCUAAUGAUUAAUAUACUGUAGAAUAACCAAGGAAUUUGUCAGCUUUAGAUUUAGAUAUUAUUAAGCAUACAGCCAUUUUCAUUGCUAAGAAUGGUAAGAAAUUUUUGGUUGCCUUGACAGAAAGAGAAAAAAUGAAUCCUUAGUAUGAUUUUUUAAAGCCUACUCAUGAUUUAUUUCAAUUCUUUUCAAAUUUGGUGGAUGCUUAUACUAAAUGCUUACAACCAAAAAAGGAAGAAAUCGAUAGAUUGUUGACAUAUGUGUAGGAUAGACAGGUAAUAUAUUAAAGAUGUCAAGAAAAAUUUGAGUACGAGAUUUAUUUGAAAGAAGAAAAAGAUAGAAAGCAAUAACAGGAUGAGGAUGAGAAAUAAUAAAUGGCAAUGAUUGAUUGGAAUGACUUUACAAUUUGUGAAACUAUCGACUUCGCAGAGGAUGAUAGAAUAGACAAGGUUUAUGAGAAGGGAAUCUAAAGAUUUGAUAAAAUGGACUUCAAAGGUGCUGAUUAAGCAUAAUUUUAGUAAUAGCAAAACCUAGUAUAGACAGGACAAGUUGUAUCUAGAAUCAUUAAUAAUCCAUAACAACCAAAAGAAAAAUAAAUCAUAACUUUAAAUUCAACUUUAUAAAAGGCAGGUCAAUAAGGGGAUAGCAGUGCCCCCAUAAUUUAAAAUUAUCAAAGACCCACUACUUAAAAUGAAUUAGUCCUAAUAAAAUGUGAAAUUUGCGGAAAGAAUUUUCCAAAGAAUUAAAUCAAUGAACAUAUUCAAUUAGAAUUAUAAGACCCUCGUUAUAGUGAGAUAAAGAAGGAAAUAAAUGAGAGAAGCAAAACAACAACCUUAUAACCAGGUAAUAUGAUUGCUGAACAUUUGUCAUAACUAAAAAAGAAGAGACCAGACAUUUUUGAGGAAGAUCAUAGAAAGCCACCACCACCUCCACCUCCUUAAUAAAGACCAUAGCCUCCAAGACCAGCUCCUCCUCCCCCACCUCCUCCUCCAAAAUGA